GGAGAACCAAAUACAAUCCCUGGAAGAACCAUCGAGCCAGUCUGUGUUUGAUGUGGUUGUUUACAAGACGUGAUUACAGCUUCCCCGCGUCUAUUUACGUCGGAUUAAAGCCAUUUGCCUCGUCCUGUCCACCCUGGCCUGGCUGAUGAGGCUCUGCGGGGUCCCGGGGCGAGGAGAAGGAAGCUAGAUGAAGGUCAAGAGGGCGGGAGGAGCAGGAAGAGGACGGCCGCUAGGUAACCCUUCCCCUGACGCUGAGGCCAUGGAGAAGAAGACAAUCGUCAUGGAGGCGGACGAGGUGGAGGACGGCAGCAUCUUUGUGUGCUUCAUGUGUGAGAAGGAGUUCAACAAGGUGUCCCUCCUCAAUGACCACAUGCAGCAGCACCAAAACCUCCCUGAAAUGCACAAAGACCUCCCAUCAAGAAGGAGAGGUCGUGGGAAACCAGGUGCCAGGGUUGCCAGGGGGAGGGGGCGCGGCAGGGGGCAAGGGGUGCCGGGCCUCAUGCAGAUCAAGCAGGAACCUGUAGACACCACCAUCUACAUCAAGUCUGAGCCAUCUGACAUGUACUGCCCCUCCCCAGUCAAAAAGGCUGAGCGAAUCAGGCAGUAUUUUCAGAGUCGAGAGCGGGGUCGUGCCCAACCCAAGAGGACUAUAGGAGGAAUACUGGAAGACGAGGAGAUAGAUGAUCCAGACCUUCACCUUCUUGGCGAUGAGCUCAUGAUGGUGCCGCCGCCUGGCAAGAAGUCAUCCUUUGGGCCGUGCAUCAUGACCCCAGAACCUGAAGGCUUCAUCUGCCCGAAGGCCACCACCAGCACCUCCUCCUCCUCCUCUUCCUCAGCUGGCAGGCCAAAAAAAAAUGUCAGGAUAAGAAAGAAGCUUAUUGUGCAGGAGGUAGUCUACGAAGAGGUCCAGGAUGAUGACGACAGUGGUACUAAUGGCUCUUGUGAGGUUAAUGAGAGUGAGAGAAGAAACAGCCUAGAGGAUGGAGAGGGCAUGGAGGAUGGUGCGCUGGGAGAGACCAUAGAGCUCUCAGAGGAAGAUGACGUGAUGGAGUUUCCUCCUAUCAAGAAAGACCCCUCCAGCCACAAGAAGCCUGGGCGGCGGUCACAACCCAGGUGUUCUGAGGAGGAGGGUGGUAUUCCCUGCCAGGAGUGUGGCAAGGAGUUCAGAUCUGUUACAACUCUUCGUGUUCACGUCAAAACCCAUUUAGAAAACAAAGAUAUUCCUUGUCCAUAUUGUGACGAGACCUUCCCUCAGCGCCACGUCUUGCACCAGCACCUUGUAAAUGCUCAUGAACAGUCAAUUAACCUCACAUGUCCUGUGUGUCAAAAGGUUUUCACCAGAACCGACUCCUUGAAGUCACACAUGGUGAGGAUGCAUGAGGAAGAUGGUGGACUUAUGUGCUAUAUUUGUGGCAAAAAUUUUCCCAGUCAAGGACAGCUUGAAAUGCAUGUCAGGGUUCACACAGGUGAACGACCCUUUAAAUGUGAAAUCUGUAGUAAAGGAUUUGUGCAGAAAGUGCACCUGCGCACACACUUACGAACAAUGCACAACAUACAAGAAAUCCAGAACACACCGUGCCGAAUAUGCAAUGCCAUGCUAGACGGCCGGGCAGGUCUCAGGGAACACUACAACACCAUACAUGGGCUCACCAACAGCCAGUACAAGUCAAGAGUGGCCAAGCUGAGGAAGGAAGGGAAGAUACCAGAGUUACCACCCCCUGUUGUGAAGGAGGUUGACCCCUCCCUCAACUACCACAAAGUCAAUGUGUCAGAGGUGGUGUCCCAACCCACCACGCACACAACUGUCACCCGUAGCAAGACCUUCACACGCCGCAAGAGUGGCACUUUUCUAAGAAAGGUGCGAAAGUCCAUGGCAUCCACGGCGCGGGUCAUCAACAGUGGGACGAGUACAGCCUUCGAGACCAUGACUGUCAAGGUGGAGCCAGGCGACGUGCCCAAGCGGAGGGAUCAGGAGGAGCUAAACAUUGUGGAGUCAGCCUUCAAGGUUGCAGAGCAAAUGGACCAGCUGGAAGGCAACGUCCCGGGGAGCACCACCAUCCUAGUGGCUGGCGAGGACUCUGCCACCACUGGUGUUUAUUAUGCCAUCCCGGUGAUGAUGGAUGAGAACACCAACACAAGCACUGUAGACUCCUCCCCUCAGACCUUCCUCACUAACACCACCAGCACCACUUCUUCGCAUCAGGACACAGCCUCCACCAAUACCAGCACCAUCACUACCAAUGGAACUGCAAUAUCUUCACCCUCUGAGGGACCAUCUAGCCUCCAAGAGGUUAACUUGGAAGAUGAGGACUUGGACGAUGAAUAUGCACAGUUUGCCGCUGAACACUCGCACCUCGGCAAUGACGGGUUUGACUCCGACAGUUUGGGAGGAAAGGGAUCCAUCGUGAAGGCAGAACCGCUGCCUCUCUUUACAGACCCCAGUGAUCCUUCACAGACAGAAACAGUAGAGAUGUUUACUAUGUAGUUUCUUAGGUGUGGAUGAUAUAUUUUAUACAUGCGUGUGAGAAGUACAUUAUGCACUGUACAGGUGGAUUGUCUUAGGAGCCUUCUGUUGCUGUAUCUGUGCUGGACAUAGCCAUCUAAAAGUGGUCUCCUACGUUGAAAGAUUAUGAUCUGUAAUGAUGAAUUCAAAUGGUACUUAGUUUUCAAGUUGGUGUUUUUACAUUUAGCUCACCACCAAAGACGUGUAAGUACUUUUACCAGAUAAUUUUUACCAGAUUAUUUAUGGUUUGUCAUAAAUUGAUAGUGAUAGUUUACAUUUGUAACAAUUCUUUUACAUGUUUUAGUUCCAAGUAUAGAUGCAGAUGCUGGUUCAGUCAUGAAUAGACAAAUGAACAUGCCUUUCUAAUGUACAUUACAUUAGAACAUUCCCUACCAGAAAACACACAUUAAAAUAUUCCAGUUGAUUGACUAAAGUUUGAGGACACCCAGUAAAGUUAUCUCCUUAAAGUUUAUAUGGUGUAUUGAUUAUAUAACAGUUUCACUAUAGCAGAUUAUCUGAUAAGUAAAUCCUUUAACUAUAGGCAAUUACUAUAGGACACUGCUUGCAGUGUGCUGUCACAGUAAGAUACUUUUUCAAGACAUCCUGUGAGAUUGAUACAGUUCAUAAUUAUAUGAGAAAUAUUAUAAAUGUAGAUAACAUGAGGGUUACAAAGCUAAAUAGUAUGGAAGAUACACUUUCUACUAUCAAUAACACUGACCACUGGAAAACAAAAUAUAUCUCAGCAAUGACACAUUGCAUCAGCACACUUGUCAGGUCAUAAGUUAAUAAAAUACAUUUGUAUUGGGUCUGAAAUUAAGCACAUUUACUAAAAUCAGUUGAUAUACUGUGGCAAGAUGCCUGCCACUCAUAAGGGCAGAAGCAUUACCGGUGUUACAUGUAAAGUGAUGCUCCACUGUAUGACUUGUCAAUUUUCUAUGAAUCUAUCUAUCUAUCUAUAUCUCUAUUGCCCUGUCCCCUCACAGGAACUUCUCCCAAGGGGGUGGUCAUGGCAGAAGUCACAAUUAUCAAUCUGAUAAAAUCAAUAAUUACCUUUGACAACCUUGAACCUCAACCAUAUUCAUUUAUUCACCAAUUCAUUUUUUGAGCUAUGCUUAAAACAAGUGGUGUGCAGUGGUACAUCCUGCAGUGUACUUGUAGGAUAUAAGGGUCAAUAAUAGUCAACUAUUUUUAUGAAGGUGGAAUUUCAAACAUUUAAAUAUGUUUGUAGGUUAUUUAUAUAUGUAAAUUAUUUUGAGGUGUGGACUCCAGAAUGUAAUUCUUGUACACUACUGUCAGUCUCGUGGUCAUAUGAUAACUUAAGUAGGUCACCAUUUAUACAUUUAUCUGUUCAUUUAAAGUCACCAGAGUAAAAUAAUUUGAGA